CCAACACAUAAUAAUACCAUCACUGAUGUUUACGUACGGAAUUUAAAUAAAUAAAAGACUUAUUCGCGGAGAAAACUUUCUUCAACAGAACGAACGGAUGGAGUUCCCUGUGGACGGCCUGGUCAGCGUGAGCCAAGAGAUCCUGGAGAGAUCAGCCCAGGACUACAUGAACAGCCUUCUCCACAGCCCCCUUGACUCACCCCAACACCUCACCCUCGCAAACAACACACAGGUGCCCAUUGGUCUUUCCAAUGUGGGUUUCGUUCCUCUAUAUGGAGACAACAUGAGACAAAAAGUCCUCGCCCUGUUCUCCCAACAGGACCAGUUUACAGCGGUGGGGCUGUACCUGUUGGAUCAAUGGUGGUCACUGGAGAAUAUCUUAAAGACAGCCAACUCUGACAAAGAUGGAGCUGUGGAGGUGGAGACCGUAGGGGAGCGGAUAGUUCUGUACGUUUUGAACCGUGUGGUGUACAGAGCCAAGGAGAUUAGUUCAGGCGAACUGCCGUUCCUCUGCCACGGAGAGAACGACUACGCCAAGAUCCUUUGGAAAGACGGACAGGCUGUCGGCUUCUACUCAGUCAAACCUUCAGGCAGCUUGUGCAGUUCCUUCUUAACCCAAUGCUAUCACAUUCCUGUCAUGGAUUCCAUAUUCGUCAGGAAGUGUCACCGUGGCAACGGUCUGGGUCUUCAGAUGCUGGAGAACUUUGUUGACAGUUUCAAAGAGGAAUACCUUGGGUUGAGAUACCCCCUUUCAAAAGCUAUGUACAAAGUGUGUGGGAAGUAUCUGAGCCUGUACCCAGCCCACAGAGACCUACUGUGGGAAGUGGAGAGUGUUGGAGGACCCAGCCAGAGGACCAACAUAGCCAACAAGAUCCAGGCCAUGGCCAUGAGCACCUUAUCCAAGAACCUGUCUUUUACGGAGCACUCUGUAGUGAACCGUGACGUGGUUGAAAACGAGGUGGUUAUGGAGGAAGUGACUUCACACUUACAGGAACAGGAAGCCAUGGAGUACACCGUUGAAAUUGUGGAGGAAGUUACACUGGUCAGGGUGCCGAAAGAGAAUGAAGAAAUGCCGGUUACAACCAGAGGAAGGAGCAGCGGCCUCAAACGCAAGAUCUUAGAGGAAAGCAAAUCAGAGAAAGUCAUCAGGAUUGAGGAUAUUGAAGCAGAGGGGGAGACUCCCAAAGAGAAGCCAGUGGGAGAGCAUCAGCAAGAGAAUAAAGACAUUGUUGCUGAAUCUGACAAAGAGGAAUUGGCUGAGGAUGUCAUUGACACGGCCAUGGGGGACACAGCAGUAGAGCCUGAGCUUGGAGAGGAGAUUGGAGAGACUGUUACAACACGGACACAUCAGAUUCAGAAAGACGCUGUGUUGCUGGUGGACCUGAAAGAAACCUUGCAACCACAAGUGGAGGUAGAAAAUGUGGCCUCAGAGAUAGAGGAGGUGGAGGAGGAGGCUCCAAAGGAGGUGGCAGAAACCGAUGAAGAAACAGCCGAAGAACCCUCUAAGGAGGAAAAGAAAAGAAGCCUCACAAAACCUUUUGAGGCUGAGGAGAAGACAGUGAAAGAAGAGCAGCCAGCAGUUGAGAAACCUGCUGAGGUAAAUGAGAAGAUCUCACCACCUGAAAAGGAAGUGGUAGCUCCAGUGGUAGAAACAAGAGUCCUUCGGAGAGGAAUAAAAAGUGUACCAGCUACCCCGACUCCAAAACGCAAGUACACAAGAAGAGUCAAACAACCUGUGGAAGAGGAGAAGGAGGAAGAGGUGGCUGAGGAAGAAGUAGAGGCAGCUGUAGUGGAAGCCAAAGUUCUGAGAAGAGGAAGGAGAUCUGCCCCUCCUCCUGCCCAUGCCACACCUAAAUGCAAAUCCACCCCAACUGUUGUUGAAGCGGAAGAGGCAGAAAAAACAGAUGAAAUGACAGAGGAGGAAGUAGACGACGAAGUCCAGGAAAAAGCUGUUGAGGAAGAGAAGGCUACAACAACAACAAGCCAAGAGGAAGUGAAGGCUACAACAACAAGCGAAGAGGAAGAGAAGGCUACAACAACAACAAGCCAAGAGGAAGAGAAGGCUACAACAACAACAACAAGCCAAGAGGAAGAGAAGGCUACAACAACAACAAGCCAAGAGGAAGAGAAGGCUACAACAACAACAACAAGCCAAGAGGAAGAGGAAGAGGAAGUGGAAAGCUUUGAGGAGGUUGUGGAAGUUCCUCCAGUUGUGGGAACUAGAGCUAAGAGGAGCAGGACAAAAACAGUUGCACCAGUCACACCCAAACGAAAGUCCUUACGAAGCAAGUCUUCUGUGGAUUAUAAGGAACAGGAUGCAGAGGAGGAGGAAACAGGAAAUGAAUCCACAGUGGAAGAAGGGGAGGAUAAUGUAGUGGCAGAAGAGGUGAGCGUAGUAGAGGAGGAAGACAAAGAGGAAGAAGAAGGGUUCCCGGUGGCUGAGGUUGCUGUUGUUGAGGAGACGGAGAAGCAGCCUGAGGAACACAAAUCAGAGAAAGUCAUCAGGAUUGAGGAUAUUGAAACCGAGGGGGAGACUCCCAAAGAGGAGCCAGUGGCAGAGCAUCAUCAAGAGAAUAAAGAAGUUGUUGCUGAAUCUGACAAAAAGGAGUUGGCUGAGGAUGUUGUUCACACAGCCACGGCGGACACAGCAGUAGAGCCUGAGCUUAGAGAGGAGAUUGGAGAGACUGUUACAACACAGACACUCAAGCUUCAGAAGGCCAUUGUGGUGCUGGUGGACCUGAAGAAAACCUUGCAACCACAAGUGGAGGUAGAAAAUGUGGCACCGGAGAUAGAGGUGGAAGAAGAGGCUCCAAAGAAGGUGUCAGGAACCGAUGAAGACGAAAAAGAAACCGCCAAAGAACCCUCUAAGCAGGAAAAGAAAAGAAGAGGACGACCAAGAUCCACUCAUCUCAGAACACCUGUUGAGGCUGAGGAGGAGACAGUGAAAGAGGAGCAGCCAGCGGUUGAGAAACCUGCUGAGGGAAAGGAGAAGAUCUCACCACCCGAUGAGGAAGAUGCAGGUCCAGUGGUAGAAACAAGAGUCCUGAGGAGAGGAAGAAUAAGUGUUCCAGCUACCCCGACUCCAAAACGCAAGUACACAAGAAGAGACAAACAGCAUGAGGAGGAAGAGAAAGAGCCAGCUGUGGAAGAAAAGGCUUCAGUGGUAGAAACAAGAGUCCUCAGGAGAGGAAGAAAAAGUGUUCCAGCUACACUGACUCUGACACGCAAGUACACACAGAGAGGCAAACAACCUAAAGAAGAGAAGGAGGGGGAGGAAGAGCCAGCUGAGGAAGAAGAAGAUGCACCGGUAGUGGAAACCAUAGUUCUGAAGAGAGAGAGAGGCAGAUUUUCUGCUCUUGCUCAUCCCAGACACAAAUCCACACAAGGCUGCAAAGAACCUGAGGAAGAGGAGGAGAAGGAAGGGGAGUUGGAUAAACCUGUUCAGGAAGCUUUGGAAGAAAAGGUAGAGGAAGCAGUGGAUGAAGCAGCAGCUGCAACAGUGGAGAGUGUGGGGGAAGAAAGGGACGCAGAGGAACUAAGAACUGAGGAGGAGGGAAAGGUGGAGGAAGAGAAGGAAGAGGAAACUGAAGCUGUAGCUGAAACUGUACCAGUGGAAGAGGAGAGUGUUGCAGAAGAAAAGGUGGUGGAGGGAGAAACAAUUCAGGAAGAGGAAAAUGUAGAGGAAGAAAAGGAGAUUACAGAAACUAUUACAACACAGACACUCAAGCUUCAGAAAGCCACUGCAGUGCUGGUGGACUUGAAACAAACUGUGGCCUCAGAGAUCGAGGAGGAGGCUCCAAAGGAGUUGUCAGGAACCAAUGAAGACGAAGAAGAAACAGCCAAAGAACCCUCUAAGGAGGAAAAGAAAAGAAGAGGACGACCAAGAUCCACUCAUCUCACAAAACCUGUUGAGGCUGAGGAGGAGAUGGUGAACGAGGAGCAGCCAGCAGUUGAGAAACCUGCUGAGGAAAAGGAGAAGAUCUUACCACCUGAAGAGCAAGAGGCAGAAAAACCAGAUGAAACAACAGAGGAGGAAGUAGAAGACAAAGUCCAGGACAAAGCUGUUGAGGGAGAGGCCACAACAACAACAAGCCAAGAGGAAGAGGAAGUGGUAGCAGAGAGCCUUGAGGAGGUUGUGGAAGUUCCUCCAGUUGUGGAAACUAGAGCUAAGAGGAGCAGGACAAAAACAGUUGCACCAGUCACACCCAAACGAAAGACCUUACGAAGCAAGUCCUCUGUGGAUUAUAAGGAACAAGAUGCAGAGGAGGAAGAAACAGGAAAUGAAUCCACAGUGGAAGAAGGGGAGGAUAAUGUAGUGGCAGAAGAGGUGAGCGUAGUAGAGGAGGAAGACAAAGAGGAAGAAGAAGGGUUCCCGGUGGCUGAGGUUGCUGUUGUCGGGGAGUCAGAGAAGCAGCCUGAGGAACACAAAUCAGAGAAAGUCAUCAGGAUCGAGGGGGAGACUCCUGAAGAGAAGGCAGUGGCAGAGCAUCAGCAACAGAAUAAAGAAGAAGAUGCUGCUGUUGCUGAAUCCGACAAAGAGGAGUUAGCUGAGGAUGUUGUUCAGACAGCCACUGCGGACACAGCAGUAGAGGCUGAGCUUGGAGAGGAGAUUGGAGAGACUGUUGCAAAACAGACACUCAAGCUUCAGAAAGACACUGUGUUGCUGGUGGACCUGAAGAAAACCUUGCAACCACAAGUGGAGGUAGAAAAUGUGGCCUCAGAGAUAGAGGAGGUGGAGGAGGAGGCUCCAAAGGAGGUGGCAGGAACCAAUGAAGACAAAGGAGAGAACAACGAAGAAACAGGCAGACCAAGAUCCACUCGUAUCACAAAACCUGUUGAGGCUGAGGAGACAGUGGAAGAGAAGCAGCCAACAGUUGAGGAACCUGCUGUGGAAGUGGAGAUCUCGCCACCUGAGGAUGAAGAGGAGGCUCCGGUUGUAGAACCUAGAGUCCUGAGUAGAGGAAGAAAAAGUGUUCCAUUUACUCCGACUCCAAAACGCAAGUCCAAAAGAAGAGGCAAACAGCAUGAGGAAGAGGAGAAUGUGGAGGAGCCAGCAGAAGAAGAGGCACCAGUAGUGGAAGCCAGAGUUCUGAGGAGAGGAAGGAAAUCGGCUUCUGCUCCUGCCACACUUAGACGCCAAUCCACACAUGCCACUAAAGCACCUAAAGAGGAGGAGGUGGCUGAAUCUGUUCGGGAAGCUGUGGAAGAAAAGGAGAAAGUAAAACCAGUGGAGGAGGUAAGGGCAGAGAAGAAAGCCACACUAAUGGAUGAAGAGGACAUGGUGGAGGAAGCUGCAACAGUGGAGAGUGUGGAGGAAGAAAGGGUGGCAGCGGAAGCCAUAACUGAGGAAGACGGAAAGGUAGAGGAAGAGAAGGAAGAGGAAGCUGAAGCUCCAUUUGAAACUGCAACAGUGGAGGAGGAGAGUGUCGCAAAAGAAAAUAUGGAUGAAGAGCAGGAAGCGGAGAGAGUGGAAGAAGUGAAGAAAGAGGAAACAGUUAUUGAACUAGCUGUAGAAAAACUAGCUGAAGAAGUUGCUGGGAUAGAAGAGGUAGAUAAAGUGGAGGAGAAAGAGGGAGCAAAGCCAGUUGAGGAAGAGAAGAAGACUUCACUCGAGGAGGAAGAGCAAGCUCCAGUAGAGGAGGAAGAGGAUGCUCCAGUUGUAGAAACAAGAGUUUUGAGGAGAGGAAGAAAAAGUAUUCCAGCUACUCCGACUGCAAAGCGCAAGUACACAAGAAGAGACAAACAAGCGGAGGAGAAAGCCCCAGCUGUGGAAGAAAAGGAACCAGUAGUGGAAACCAGAGUUCUGAGGAGAGGAGGCAGAGGAAGAUUUUCUGCUCCUGCCCCUGCCACACACGGACGCAAAUCCACAAGAGCCUGCCAACAAACUGAGGAAGAGGAAGAUGUGAAGGCAAGUGUUGAACCUGCACCAGAAGCGAUGGAGGAAGAGAAGAAAGUGGAGAUAGUGGAAGAGGCGAGUGUUGCAGAAGAAAAGGUGGAAGAAGUAAAAGCAGUGGAGGGAGAAGGAACAACUCUGGAAGAGGAAAAGGUGGAGGAAGAGAAGGAAACGGAGAUAGUGGAAGAAGACGUUGAGGAAGCUGCAGCAGAAACUGCACCAAUGAAAGAAAAUGUGGAGGCUGAAGCAACAACUGAGGAAAAGGAAGAUGUUGAGGAAGAGAAGAAAGAGGUUGAAGCAGAAAAGGAAACAAUUGUUGAAAUGGCUGUAGAGAAACUAGCAGAGGUAGUUGAAACGGCAGAAAACAUGGAGGAGGUAACAUCAUUGGAAAGUGUUGCGGAUGAAGUGAUAAAAAAGCCUGUUGAGGAACCUGCUGAGGAAGGGAAGACUUCACUACCUGAGGAUGGAGAAGAGACUCCAGUGGUAGAAACAAGAGUCCUGAGGAGAGGAAGAAAAAGCAUUCCAGUAACGCCUCCAAAACGAAAGUCCACACGAAGAGGCAAACAACCUGAAGAAGAGAAAGAUGUGGAGGAAGAGCCAGCUGAGGAGGAAGAUGCACCAGUAGUGGAAACCAUAGUUCUGAAGAGCGAUAACAGAGGGAGAUUUUCUGCUCUUGCCCCUCCUUCUGCCACGCCCACAUGCAAAUCCACACACGCCUGCAUAAAACCUGAGGAAGAGGAGAAGGAAGAAGAGUUGGAGGUAGAAAAGGUAGAGGAGGAAAAGAUGGAGGCGGUGGCUGAACCUAUUCAGGAAGCUUUGGAAGUAGUGGAUGAAGCAGCAGCUGCAACAGUGGAGAGUGUGGGGGAAGAAAGGGUGGCAGAGGAACUAAGAACUGAGGAGGAGGGAAAGGUGGAGGAAGAGAAGGAAGAGGAAACUGAAGCUGCAGCUGAAACUGUACCAGUGGAAGAGGAGAGUGUUGCAGAAGAAAAGGUGGUGGAGGGAGAAACAAUUCAGGAAAAGGUAGAGGUAGAGGAGGAAAAGGAGAUACUCAAGCUUCAGAAAGCCACUGUGGUGCUGGUGGACUUAAAACAAAUCUUGCAACCACAAGUGGGGAUUGAAAACGUGGCCUCAGAGAUAGAAGAGGUGAGGGAGGAUGCUCCAAAGGAUGUGGCAGGAGCUGAUGAAGACGAAGUUGAGGAACCCGCAGUGGAAGUGGAGAUCUCGCCACCUGAGGACGAAGAGGAGGCUCCAGUUGUAGAAACAAGAGUCUUGAGGAGAGGAAGAAAAAGUGUUCCAUUUACCCCGACUCCAAAACGCAAGUCCAAAAGAAGAGGCAAACCGCAUGAGGAGAAUGUGGAGGAGCCAGAGGAAAAAGAGGCAGCUGAGGAAGAUGAAGAACAGGCUCCCGUAGUGGAAGCCAGAGUUCUGAGGAGAGAAAGGAAAUCUGCUUCUCCCACACCUAGACGCAAAUCCACACAUGCCACUAAAGAACCUGAAGAGGAGGACUUGGCUGAAUCUGUUCGGGAAUCUGUGGAUAAAAAAGAGGAAGUAAAACCAGUGGAGGAGGUAAGGGCAGAGGAGAAAGCCACACUAAUGGAUGAAGAGGACAUGGUGGAGGAAGCUGCAACAGUGGAGAGUGUGGAGGAAGAAAGGGUGGCAAUGGAAGCCAUAACUGAGGAAGACGGAAAGGUAGAGGAAGAGAAGGAAGAGGAAGCUGAAGCUGCAAAAGUGGAGGAGGAGAGUGUUGCAGAAGUAAAUGUGGAUGAAGAAGCAACAACUGAAGAAGAGGAAAAAGUGGAGGAAGAGAAGGAAGCAGAGAGAGUGGAACAAGAAAAUAUUGAGGAAGCUGCAGCUGAAACUAUUGGUGUGGAAGAAAAUAUGGAGGAGGAAGUAGCAACCACAGAGGAGAAAAAGGAAGAGGAAAAAGUGGAAGAGAAGAAAGAGGAAACACUUAUUGAACUUCUUGUAGAACAACUAUCUGAGGAAGUGUCUGUGGUAGAGGCAGAAAAAGUGGAGGAGAAAGAGGAAGCAAAGCCAGUUGAGGAAGAGAAGAAGACUUCACCACCCGAGGAGGAAGAGCAAGCUCCAGUAGAGGAGGAAGAGGAUGCUCCAGUUGUAGAAAAAAGAGUUUUGAGGAGAGGAAGAAAAAGUAUUCCAUCUACUCCGACUCCAAAGCGCAAGUCCACAAGAAGAGACAAACAAGCGGAGGAGAAAGACCCAGCUGUGGAAGAAAAGGAACCAGUAGUGGAAACCAGAGCUCUGAGGAGAGGAGGCAGAGGAAGAUGUUCUGCUCCUGUCCCUGCCACACACGGACGCAAAUCCACACGAUCCCGCAAACAGCCUGAGGAGAAGGAUGAGGAGGUGGAGGCAGAAUUGGUAAAUGAGCAAAAGAUGGCAGAGGUGGUUGCACCUGUUCAGGAUGCUGUGGAGGAAAAAUUGGAGGAAGAAAAAGCAGUGGACGAAGCGGAAGCUGAAACUGCACCGUUGGAAGAGGAGAGUGUUGCUGAACAAAAGGUGGUGGAGGGACAAACGACUCAGGAAGAGAGAACUGCUACUGUGGAAGAAAAGUUGGAAGGCAAAAUACCUGAAAAAGAGGAAAAGGUUGAAGAGGACAAGAAAGCUGAAGCUGAAACUGCACCAGUAGAAGAGGAGAGUGUUGCAGACGAAAAAGUGGAGGAAGAAGCAAAACCCACAGAGGAAGAAAAGGUGGAAAAAGCAGUAACUGAGGAAGAGGAAAGAGUUGAGGAAGAUAAGAAAGAGGUGGAAGCAGAAGAGGAAGAAAUGGUUGAAAUGGGUAUAGAAAAACUAGCAGAUGUAGGUGAAGCGGCAGAACAAGUGGAGGAGUCAACGGCAGUUGAAAGUGUUGCAGAUGAAGUGCUAUUAAAGCCAGUUGAGGAACCUGCUGAGGAAGAAGAGAAGACCUCACCCCCUGAGGAAGAAGAGAAGACCUCACCACCUGAGGAAGAAGAAAAGACCUCACCACCUGAGGAGGAAGAGGUAGAUGAGGAAGAACAAGCUCCAGUUGUAGAAGUAAGAGUUCUGAGGAGAGGAAGAAAAAGUGUUUCAGUUUCUCCCCCAAAACGCAAGUUGAGAGGAAAAGGUAAACAGCCCGAGAAAGACGAGAAGCUGGAGGAGCCAGAGGAGGAAGAGGCAGCUGAGGAGGAAGAAGAGGCACCCAUAGUUGAAGCCAGAGUUCUCAGGAGAGGAAGGAGAUCUGCCCCUACAACUGCCCCUGCUACAUCUAGACGCAAAUCCACACGAGUCAGCAAGCAUCCUGAGGAAGAGGAGGAUGUGGAGGCAGUUGCUGAACCUGCACCAGAAGUAAUGGAGGAAAAGGUGGAGGAAGAAAAAGCUAUGGAGGAGGAAAUGGAAGCUGCAGCUGAAACAGCACCAGUGGAAGAGGAGAGUGUUGCAGAAGAAAAGGUGGAGGAAGUAAAAGCAGUGGAGGAGGAAGGAGAAAUUGUGGAAGACGAAAAUGUGGAGGACGAGAAGGAACUGCAGAUUGUGGUAAAAGAGAAGGUUCAAGAAGCUAAAGCUGCAGCUGAAGCUGAACCAGUUGAACAGGAUAAUGUUGCAGAAGAAAAGGUGGAAGAGGAAUUAAAAAGCAUAGAGGAAGAAAAGGUGGAAGAAGAAACAACUGAGGAAGAGGAGAAAGUUGAGGAAGAGAAGAAAGAUAUGAAUGCAGAAAAGGAAACAAUUGUUGAAAUGGCUGUAGAAAAACUAGCAGAGGUUGUUGAAGAGGCAGAAAAAGUGGAGGUAACAGCAGUGGAAAGUGUUGCAGAUGAAGUGGUAGAAAAUCCAGCUGAGGAAGAAGAGAAGACCUCACUACCUGAGGUGGAAGAGGAGGCUCCAGUUGUAGAAACAAGAGUUCUGAGGAGAGGAAGAAAAAGUGUUCCAGUUUCUCCUCCAAAACUUAAGUCCACAAAAAGAGGCAAACAAGUCCAGGAAGAGGAAAGCAUGGAGGAGCCAGAGGAUGAAGAAGCACCAGUAGUGGAAACCAGAGUUACGAGGAAAGGAAGGAAAUCUGUCCUUGCUCCUGCCACACCUAGACGCAAAUCCAAACGAGCCCGCAUAGAACCUGAAGAAGAGAAAGAGGAGAAUGAAGAGGAAAAGGUAGACGAUGCGGCUGCAACAGUGAAGAGUGUGGAGGAAGAAAAGGUGGAGGAAGUGAAUGAACUGGAGGCAGAAGAAAAGGUUGAAGAGGAAACAAAAGCUGUGGAAGAAGCAAGAACUGAGGAAGAAGAAAAGGUGGAAGAAGCAACCACUGAGGAAGAAGAAAAGGUGGAAGAAGCAACAACUGAGGAAGAAGAAAAUGUGGAAGAAGCAACCACUGAGGAAGAAGAAAAGGUGGAAGAAGCAACAACUGAGGGAGGAAAAAAGGUCGAAGAAGCAACCACUGAGGAAGAAGAAAAGGUGGAAGAAGCAACCACUGAGGAAGAAGAAAAGGUGGAAGAAGCAACCACUGAGGAAGAAGAAAAGGUGGAAGAAGCAACCACUGAGGAAGAAGAAAAGGUGGAAGAAGCAACAACUGAGGGAGGAAAAAAGGUGGAAGAAGCAACAACUGCGGGGGCUGUGGUAGAGGAGGCUGAAAAAGUGGAGGAGGUGGCAACAGUGAUGAAAAGUGUUGCAGUCGAAAAGCCAGUUGAGGAAGAGAAGACCUCACAACCUGAGGAAGAAGCAGAGACUCCUGUUGUAGAAAUAAGGGUCCUAAGGCGAGGGGAAAAAAGCACUCCUGUUAAUCCUCCAAAACGUAGGUUCACACCAAAAGGCAAGCAAGCUGAGGAAAAUGAGAAGGAGGAAGAAAAAGUAGAGGAGGUGGCUGAACAUGUGCAGGAAGCUGUGGAGGAAAAGGAGGUGGCAGCUGAGGAAGAUGAGGCACCAUUAGUGGAAACCAAUAUUCUGUGGAGAGGAAGGAGAUCUGCCCCUGCCACACCAAGACGCAAAUCCAAACGAGCCCGCAAAGAACCUGAAGAAGAGGAAAAUGAGGAGGAAAAUGUAGAGGAGGAAAACGCAGUGGAGGAGAAAAUGGUGGUUGAGGAGAAUAAGAUGGAGGAGGAAGAAGAAAAGGUUGAAGAGCCAGCAGAGAGUGCUGCUUCAGAGACGAAAGAGGCAGAAGCCAUCGCACAGCAGCCAGAGGAGGUGGCAGAGCAAACAGAGCAGAAGGAAGAAGUAAAGAACACUGCUGAAACAGAAGAAGAAAAGGUAGCUGAUGAAGAAACAGAUAAAGCGGUAGAGAAGGAAGAAGGAGACACCACCAAUGUGGGAAAAAAUACUGACAAGGCAACAGUAACUUCUGCUACUCAAGAUGAAGUAGCUGGUAAAGCUUCAGAGGACGAGGAGGGAGAAACUCUGGCGGUAGAAGUGGAAGAGGCAGAGAAAACAGAAGAAAUGACAGAGGAAGUAGAAGACAAAGUCCAGAACAAAGCUGUUGAGGAAGAGGGAGAGGCCACAACAACAACAACAAGCCAAGAGGAAGUGGAAGCAGAGAGCCUUGAGGAGGUUGUGGAAGUUCCUCCAGUUGUGGAAACUAGAGCAAUGAGGAGCAGGACAAAAACAGUCACAGCAGCCACACCCAAACGAAAGUCCUUACGAAGCAAGUCUUCUGUGGAUUAUAAGGAACAGGAUGCAGAGGUGGAGGAAACAGGAAAUGAACCCACAGUGGAAGAAGGGGAGGAUAAUGUAGUGGCAGAAGAGUCGAGUGUAGUAGAGGAGGAGAAAAAAGAAAAAGAGGAGGAAGGGGCCCCGGUGCCUGAAGUUGCUGUUGUCAAGGAGAUGGAGAAGCAGUCUGUGGUAUCGAGAGUUCUGAGAGUGAGGUUAACUGCCACACCCACACCACAGCAGCGUACAUCCACAAAACACAGCAAAAUAGUUACACCUGAGAAGGUCGAGCCUGAGGUGGGCAUGCUUUCAUCAGAUGAAGAGCAGGAAGAGAGCCCUGUGGAAAAGAGAAACCUCCGGAAGAGAAAAAGCAUGGAACCAACACCUGUUCGCAGAUCCAUGCGCCGCAGCAGAACUUAGACUGUGGAGAAUGUUUUUUUGGUUCAGUUUUUAAAAAUGAAUCUAUUUAGUGAAGAAUUCCUAUUAGACCAGAUUGUUUUCUUCUAUCUAUUUGUAAGUUUCUAUAAAUAGAAAAAUAGAAAAAAAACAUACAUCACUUAACAUUUCUAUGUAAUUUUUCUGAAAGUCAAUAUGUAGUUUAUUUGAUAUCUUUUCAUAUUGUAUAUAUAUUUUGCAUUUAACCACAAGUCUGUGAACAGUUUUUUGUUGACCUUAGUGGCUGGUAACACAAUGCGUUUCAGCUUUGGUUUGGACACAAUCGUCUAAAACAACAUUUAUUCCCUCAAAAUACUGCAUCCAUAAUCUGCUAAAACAACAUUUAUUCCCUCAAAAUACUGCAUCCAUAAUCUGCUAAAACAACAUUUAUGCCAAACGGUGUCUCCUCGAAUAAGAAUCAAGAAGCCUGUAAAUAAAUAUAUAUAUUUUUAAAAACAAAUGUAGUUACAUUGGGACACACCAGCACUAAUCGUCAUUAAGAAAAUAUUUUGGGCCACCAGGCUCCAUGCUCAAUCUGGAAUAUUUUAGAAAAUAUGAAAUAUUGAUAUCUACAAUAGUGCAGAUACAUAUGAAAACAUUUUUUUUAAAGGACAUUGCUCAGAAAUGCACAAAAACAAUAUAACAGCUCCCCUUUGUUAUAAGAUUAUUCAUAGUUUUUUAAGCAAGCUAUGUUUAUUUACAUUUUUUUUCUACACAUGUCAGUAACAGUUCUUGUGGAAAUUUGGAAUGUUUACAUUUUUACCCAUUUAUACAAAUGUUUUCAACAGAACUCAGGAUAUAAAAUGACAUUUUAUUCGACAUAAUUCUUCAUUUGAAAUAUCUAAUGUCAACACUUUGGGUCAUUGUGUUACAUUUUGUGUGUAUUGAACAAUUUGGUACACUUUGAACAUAUUUAGUGUAAAAAAACGACUAAAUACACACUAAAAUAUUACCUCACCGAGCCGACGAGGUAUACCAUUUCAGUUUGUAAUUUGAAAAGGAUGUUGUUCCUGUAUUAACCUUUUACCCACGGCAACAUUCCUCUGAAAAGGCAGCACGCGAAAUUAAAAAAUAUAUUUUUGAAAUAUGUACCUUUCACACAAUAACAAGUCCAAUACAGCAAAUGAAAGAUAAACAUCUUGUUAAUCUACCCAUGGUGUCCGAUUUCAAAAAUGAUUUACAGCGAAAGCACAACAUGUGAUUAUGUUAGCUCAUAGCCAAGUCAAAAAAACACACAGCCAUUUUUACAGCCAAAGAUAGGAGUCACAAAAAGCAGAAAUAUAGAUAAAAAUGAAUCACUAACCUUUGAUGCUCUUCAUCAGAUGACACUAAUAGGACUUCAUGUUAUACAAUACAUGUAUGUUUUGUUCGAUAAUGUGCAUAUUUAUAUCCAAAAAUCUCAGUUUACAUUGGCGCCUUAUGUGCAGUAAUGUUUUGAUUCCAAAACAUCCGGUGAUUAUGCAGAAAUACUCAUAAUAAACAUAGAUAAAAGAUGCAAGUGUUAUUCACAGAAUUAAAGAUAGACUUAUCCUCUAUACAACCCCUGUGUCAGAUUUUUAAAAAACUUUACGGAAAAAGCAUAAUCUGAGAACGGCGCUCAGAGCCCAAUCCAGCCAAAGAAGUAGCCGCCAUUUUGGCGUCAACAGAAGCUAGAAAAAACACUAAAUAUUCACUUACCUUUGAUCUUCAUCAGAAGGCAAUCCCAGGAAUCCCAGUUCAACAAUAAAUGACUGAUUUGUUCCAUAAAGUUCCAUAAAGCCCAUAAUUUAGUCACUUGUUGUUAGUGUGUUCAGCCCAGUUAUCCAUCUUCAUGAAGCGUGAGCACUUCCUCCAGACCAAACUCGAAAAGUUCCGUUACAGUCCGUAGAAACAAGUCAAAUGAUGUAUGCAAUCAAUCUUUAGGAUGUUUUUAACAUAAAUCAUCAAUAAGGUUCCAACUGGAGAAUUUCAUUGUCUGAAGAAAAGCAUUGGAGCAAACUCUGUCGGGAGCGCACGUCAUGAGACCGAGGCUCUCUGCCAGACCAUUCCUUUAUAGUAGGAUCCUCAAACCCGUUUCUAAAGACUGUGACAUCUAGUGGAAGCCCUAGGAAGUGCAACCUCACCCAUAUCUCAAUGUGAUUUCUAUAGGCACUGUUUUUGAAAAUCGAUUUCUCACUUCCUGUUUGGAUUUUUUCUCAGGUUUUCGCCUGCCAUAUGAGUUCUGUUAUACUCACAGACAUCAUUCAAACAGUUUUAGAAACUUCAGAGUGUUUUCUAUCCAAUACUAUUAAUAAUAUGCAUAUAUUAGCAUCUGGGACAGAGUAGGAGGCAGUUCAGUUUGGGCACGCUAUUCAUCCAAAAGUGAAAAUGCUGCCCCCUAUCCCAAAAAGGAUUUAACGCAAUAUAAUUUCAUAUACCAAUUACAUGUAUGUAUAUCCUCACAUCUUGUAUGUUAACAUUUAUCAUUAAGGUUUUGAUAUACAGUAAGUACAUUUUUAAUAACAGUAAAAAUAUGGUCAUACAGAAGAGUUUGUAAAAUAAAGUUUAAAAGUUUCAAAUAAAGUUUAUAAUAAAAUCUAUAAACUGAGCUAUGAUGUUAAACUGUGAGAGAUGUCGUGAGAGAUGUGAAAAUAGAUAGAAACUAUGAGUUUUCGUUUGUGUGUGUUAAUAUGAUAUAUCUUGUUUCAGAUUUUCAACGCUUUUGUUAUGUGUCUCAGUGCCCCACAAAGGCACAAGCCAGCCAUAGCCAGCAGUAGCCUGUCUUGCUCACAAACAUUUUCAUUUAGCAAUGCUGUAUUUUAUGACAAACCUCUCCUUGCAUUAUGUGGAAUGGACUUAUGUAAACUUCUCCUCUGACAAUGUGAUUUGUUAUGAUCUUUGGUAGAAAAUAAAGAUUUUCACUGUUUUA